UAACGGUCGUCUUCGUCUAUCAACGAAGUAGAGUUGCAUGAGGAAGUGUUGAGGAAAUUUAUUUCACGUAUUUGUUGCUACCUUUUGAUAGAUUUUGACCUGGCACAGAGGAAACCGGAGUACUCGGAGGAAACGUUCGAAGCACGUGGAGAACACGCACGCUCUGUACACACAGGGCAGAGACGGGACUCGAACCCCCAGCUCCGGAGCUGACCACUGCGCCACCGUGCCACCAGAACUGAUCAUCCUGGGGGAAAACCACAGGACAAUGCGCAUUUAUACCAGUUCAGUGAGCAGGCGUGAUGGAGAGCACAGAUCCAAGCCCAGCAGAUGGAGAGGAGCGAAUGGCCGAACUGCGACCGAGGACACGCUCCAAUCCAGAGGGAGCGGAGGACAGACGGAGCAGUAAUGGUGGUCUGAACAGUCCUCCACCCUCACAACCUACUGUGGGAAGUCGAGUGGAGGGAGAAGGAGAAGCGGCCAGCACUGACAGUCCUACAGGUUCCACGUCCACCAUCACGACUACUAUUUCCGCCCCCAUCGCUGCUGCAGCCACUACCGCAGCAAGCGUCAUGUCCAAUUCAGUGCCUGCUUCAAUGGCUGCUGCCAAAGAAAGGCCCAAACCAAGUCAGCCCUCAUUGGCAUCGCAGAUUCCUCCAGCUUCAGAACUCCAUCUACGAGCACCAAGAGUCAACUGCCCUGAAAAAGUGAUCAUCUGUUUGGAUUUGUCAGAGGAGAUGUCCCUACAGAAGCUGGAGUCCUUCAACGGAUCCAAGACGAACGCUCUCAAUAUCUCCCAGAAGAUGAUUGAAAUGUUUGUGAGAACAAAGCACAAAAUAGACAAGAGGCACGAGUUCGCCUUGGUGGUGGUCAAUGACGAUGCCUUGUGGUUAUCAGGCUUCACCUCUGACCCACGGGAGCUGUGUAGCUGUUUGUAUGAUCUUGAAACAAACAUCUGCGAAUCUUUCAACCUGGAGGAUCUUCUCAAUGUAAUUCUCCAGAAGAUUGAUCUUCCAAUGAUGGACAAUGUUCAGACAAUCCCACCACCCUUUGUGGUUCGUACUCUCCUCAUUUACAGUCGGCACGCAGGCCAGCUGCAGUUUAACCCAUCAGAUGCUGUCAGUAAAAUGCUACGCUCUCCGUACUUCUUCUUUGACGUCAUUUACCUUCAUAAUGGCGCUGACGAGCAAAUGGAUGAUAACAGCUGGAGGGACACGUAUGAAUCCUUCUCGAAGUUGGACUCUAAGGGGAUGUGCUACCGUUUCGAGGUGUCGCUGUGCGGCCCGGCCAUCGAGCUGCAUAACUGCAUGGCUAAGCUGCUGUGUCACCCGCUGCAGAGGCCCUUCCAGAGCCAUGCCUCCUACAGCCUGCUAGAGGGCGACGAGCCACCAGAGAUCGAGGCCACGGUGUAGAUCACUGCUCACUAACCCUGCUCCUGGAAAUCACACUGUAGAACUUAGUUCCAAUACUGCUGUAACACUGCUUCGUCUGGAUAAUCAGUGUCCAUGAUAUACCAGAUCAGCAGUGUUGGAUUUGGGUUGGAGCGUCUUGAGUUCUGUAAGAAGAUGCAGUAGAUCUCCAUGAACAGGAUUAAUGAAGGACUAGCAUCACUGACGAAGCGUCUUCCCUUAAGAUUGUCUAUUAAUGAUGGACACUUUCUGUGCUGGGGGAAAGAAGAAGAGAGCAAAAUGUCUUCACAUGUGGACUGUUUGUGGAUUUUCUUUAGAUUUGAGAUGUUCAGGGGGAGGGAGAUUGCCUUUUAUUCACUGGAUCCAUUCAGCAUAAACCCUUCAGGCUAGCUUGGUGAAUGUGGAAAGAUGAUUGUCGAGUAAGGAUGUGGUUAAAUAAAUGAUAAAAGUCAAGAACA